GAAAAUAAAAUCUCUAACUAAAAAAUUGGCAGCAAUGAAUCCGACACAGUGUCCAACCAUGCUCCGCAGCUGUGUCCGACUGUGUCGUUCUGUGUCGUUGUUGGAAAGCACCAUGUUCGACACAGUGUCGCUCUGUGUCGCUUUGUGUCGUUGCUGAAAAGCUCCCUGUGUCUCCUUCCUGGAAAGCUCCCAUUAUGAUUACGGGUAAUAGCCUCGACGCGGCGAAAAAUCGGAGUCUCUUUUCGCAUAAGGCUGACCACGAGCUGACUCAUACACACGCUCAUGACUAUCAUCUUCAAUAGUUCGGUGGUCUUCGGUCGAAAGAGAAAGAAAACCACUCGUAAAUACAGAUAUGUUACUCAACCGUACUUUGAUAUACAAACAGUUUGUGCAAGUAAUUUACAUGAUUAAGCUCUUUUCGGAUAUUAUUAAAAAUUGGAUGCGUGCGAGGCUCAAUCAAAUCCUACAUUCAAACCAUCUGGUGUAACAGUUGCAUUAGUAACAAGUGGUUACAAGUCAGAGUCAGUCCACCGUGUUGGAUUCUAGGUAAAUAAACAGCACCAGUAUUUCCUAACAGAAGUUGUAAACGAGAAAUACAUCGCCACGCAUAAUGCCAUCCCGUACCCAUACAUAAAAUGACUUUAAUGAAGUGCUCGCGUGUGCUCGUUUGUGCGUUUAUGUGCGCGUAUCGAAAGGAGGUUAUGCUGAAAAUAUGACGUGAUUGACAGUUUCAUAUUUGUGAUAAUAUUCGUAAUCGAUCGCUAAGGGAAAUCGCAAUUAAAGAUGGUAUAUCUCGAAUCAGAUGAGGGCGUGUGGCAUCACCACUAUUGGGUCAUCUCGCUUGGAGCCAUGCUUUCUUUCGUUGGAUUUCUGGUUAGCUGUGUAUGCGGCUGUCGCCGCGACGAAAACAAGAGCGAGCUUGGGGGGCUUGCGGGUAUGGUAACAAUCACCCACUCUGACAAUGAAGGUUUCAACAGGCUGCCAACCACAGACAUCGCGCAUCCCAUCUCGCAGGACACAACCGAUGCUGGAAAAAGGACGAGCAGUGCAAACAGAAGUUUGCCAGAUAUUCCAAAAGAUGGAACGACGGUCGAAGCUGGUCGACUUGAAACAGUACCUCAAGAUGUUAUCUAUGAGGCUAACGAGGUUAUGUGCGAUCCAUCCGUCCUUUAUGCAACUGUUGAGGAAAAAAACUCUCGGCGAUCAGAUGUCAGGAGAGGAGCAAGAGAACUUGAAGAAACUUCUCUGCAAAGUGCACAGAUUGAACAAGAUUCAAUGUCUCCGUAUACGAGACUGAAGAAUCCUGGAUCUAAGAAUGACGAACACCCUUAUGCCCAGGUGCAAAGCGUUCAAAAGACUGAAGCUACGCAACUAAACAGGAAUAACGUUGGCCAUUUAGUAGAUACUAGUCUUCCAUCGUCUUCGUCGUCGUCGUCAUCAUGUAAUCAUACGAGUGCCAAUCCUAUCGCCCCGCCAAGAGCUCGAAAAUCGUCUUCUCAUAAUUCGUUAAUAAGCUCUGAUCCUCUUCCGGAUAUUCAAGCUGCAACUGCUAUCACUGGUGGAGUUCAUGCCAAUCAAGAUUUACCUUACAUGACGCCACCUAUACUCAUGCCUCUCCCUGAACCACCACAGCUAAAUCAUCACGAGGAGAGGCAACAGCACUUCAGUGGAGAUUCUCACGAUUCCAAGGGUUACACAAGCAUAAGUGUAAGGGAACCCUUAGCAAACAUACUCGCGCAAACAAAAGCUGCACAGCAAGAACGUCAACAACAACGUGGAUUAACUGACCCUCAUUAUGCUACAGUUUCGGAUGAUUCAGAUGAAAUGUAUGCAGCAAUUGAUGAACAAGAGAAGGUAUACACAAGUGGAAGUGAAACCUAUGCUCAAAUACAGCCGAUGGUACUUGAUUCAGUUAGGGUGCAGCAAAAUGAGCAAAUACAUUCAAUGCAGCCAUUGCAUGUGGAUGAUUUGUACGCGUCAGCGCCUCAACCUCCAAGUGUUGAUAGUCUCAGACAUGUGGCACAUGCUCAUUCUAGACAAGCAUCAUCAUCAAGUGCAACCAGUUCAGUUGCUAACCUUGGCUCUCCAAAACCUGAAAAACGUCAAGCAAAUUCUCCACUGCCACCACCACCAGAGACGAUGUCAGACGUUUAUGCAUCUGUUGAGAAACGAGGCUCUAAAGAAGAUCGCUUAAGAGCCAGUAUUUCCUCAGGGAAAUCCUUAGAAGAUAUGUAUGCUAAAGUAAUGAAGAAGAAGCGAGACAUUGAUGAUGAGCAAUUGGAUAUACCAACAAUGAGUAGCAACAACCACCACGAGGAAAACCCAGUUUUAAAUAGAAAACAUAGCCUUAUUGAAGUCAGUCGAACGUCGUGGUCAAGCCAUGAUUCUAUAGAAUUUCAAAGAAAGGACUUGGAAUUAUCCAAUUUUGCCGUGCGUAAUAGCAGUACAAAUUGUCCGACUGAGAGUGAAGGAAAUUUGCUAAAACUUGCAUUAAAACAGAACGAAGCUGACGCAAGUAAGUCUGGUUCAGAUCCAGGUUACGAGGCAGUUAAUGUUAACCGAAAAAGUAGCAUAGUUCGAACUGUCUCAGACACCGAUCCAAAUUAUGAAGUGUUGCGGCCACAAUUUUCCAGGGUCAGUAAAAAUCUAAAUUCCGUAACGCAGAACAAUGGAAUUGAUGUAGCCCUUAUGUAUUCUUCGCCAUAUAAACACAGGCAAAUCAGUAAUGCAAGCAGCGAGGAUCCUGGCUAUGAAAAAGUUCGGAUGCGGCGCAGAAUUGAUUUGGAUCAAGAUACAGAUUCAGAACCGAAUUAUGAAAGCAUGCCCCAUGACCCUGGGGAGCCAAAUUAUGCCUCUGUCUGUCGGCCAGGUGACAGCGAUACAGACCCCAAUUACGAAUCUGUUAGUCAAAGCGACCCAAAUUACGAAAGUGUCAAGUAUUUGACUGUCAGCCAAAAUGAAGAUCCACCUUACGAGCAAGUGAACAAUUAUAAAAGCAAUAUCAACCUUGACGAUUACGAAAUGGUGCGGAAUAAAAAUGAAGGUGACCCUAACUAUGAAAAAAUAAAAAUGAGCCAUUCAACGAAUCUUGCACAUGAUGGUGAAACCGAUGAUGAGCAAUAUAUUCAUGUCUGAAGGUCAAUGAACGUAUAUGUUGAUAUUCUACCUGCCUUAAGUAUAUACAGACACUCAGAUUGAUUAUGACGCCUUCGAUAUCCCUAGUAAUUUUGAGAGCCAUGGUUUUGAAUGAGCACUGUUAGUACUGCCGGCCGCACCCGUCUGAAUUUGUUCCACUCGCUGCUCGGCUUGAACCGGCAAUGCCUACAGCGCUCAUUUGGAACCGUGCGUUGGCAAAUUAAUUACUAGAGAUCUCAAAGGAGUCAGAAGCAAUCCAAGUGUUUGUUACAUAUAUGCAUGCGAAAUGACCAGUGUGUGUUUGCAAAUUUUUUUUGACAUCACUUGUUCAUUCUAGAAUCUUUGACAAUAUGACUUUUGCUGCCAGACUAAUGUCUAGCGUACAUUACGCAAAUCUUUAUUGCUGGUAGAUUAUAUAAUACUGGCGUGCAUAAAAAAAUAUAUAUGAAUAUGUAUAUUUAGAUUAUAAUUAUUUAUUCUCUCGUCCAUUUAUGGCAUAUAAAUAUUUUCUAUCAGAAGUAGAACAUAUUAUCAGCUUUUUUCUCACUCCAAGUAGUGGUUGUUCAUAGUUUAUAUAUUUUUCUACCAGUUUUAGUGCCUAAAUUUCAGUAAUAGGAUUCUUAUUAUUAAAAUGAAAAGCAAUAAAGACAGAUGGACAUCCCAGUAAAUGCAGUUAAAUAGGUGAACCACCAACUUAAGUCGUUGCACUGCCACUACACACUAUAUUAAUUCGAAAACACAUCAAUCGAAUACUGUACUUCUGAACUAGUGUUAAAAGUAUAGAUAAGUACCAACAGUGAAAAGAUCUUAAUUUUUUUUUUUUUUUUUACUCUGAGCUUUAUAUUCACUGCUGAAAUUAUGUUUAUUACGAGCAUCCUAUAUCAGUUGGUCUAUUUGUCUGUCACUAUUGCAUUAUUCAGAUUCAUGGUGCCUAUUAUAUUACUUACCUGUACCUUUCGUUACUGAGCUGUCAGUUACGUUCCAUUACACAAAUUGCGCCGAUAAGAAUUGAAACUAUUGUUAAUGACUGAAUUUUGAUAAAGUAUUUAGUUGGUCAUACUGUUCAUUGAAUAAAUAAUGCUUUAUGGAUUUUUUUACACUAUCGAUAGUACAUUCGAUACGCGUUUUUAACAAAUUUGAAUAAAGUUUAUCUUCAUCAUUUCAAGGCAAAAUUUUAUCAAUUGUCUCAGUCUGAACUCCCGUUUACUCAUAAUUCACUACAUCGUUUAAGGCAAAAAGAAAUAUAUUUUCAAGUGUACUUUCUAAUACUUUAUAAACUAAUCAUGCUCCAAGUUUAUCACUUACCAAGAUUACUAACCACAAUCAAUUUUAGUACUUGUAUGCUUUUGUUUUUCAUUCGGUAUGUUACGAUACAUACUCAAUUAGACUAAAACCUUUAUGUGUAAUCAACGUAAUACGUGCUAGUGAAGAUAUACGUAUGCUCGCAAGUAAUAGUAACAUCUUUAACAAGCAACUGGUAGCCGUUCAAGUUUUCACAACAUCGUUCCUGGAAAAUAAAUUUAGUGAUUAAAAAAAUAUGGAUUUAUGUCAAAGACGUGCAAUUGUUGGUGCUAGAAAGUAGAUGACUGAAAAUGGUAUGCACAUACAACUAAGGAUAUCCGUAUCCCAAGAAAACUAAGGAAGUGAAUUUGCACCCAAGUAUCACAUGUAAUACAUAGAGAAUAUUUAGGGUUGCUGCAUAGCUGAAUCUCAACGUGGCAAGCAUUCUAUCGUUUUUACAAUACAAUAAAGAAAAGAUUCAAAUAUUUAUACCGAAAAUAUAGUUUUAUCGAUUCAUUACCUUCAUCAAUGUAAUUGUUUUUUUUAUACAUUAUUCAUCCAAUUCCAAACUGACAGACGUGCAUUUUCUCUGAAAUAUAUUCGUCUAAUUGAUCACAAAAUAUCGAGCAAGUCGCUGUGUCAACGGCAUCAGAUAACCAGUCAUGAAAUCAACUCAAAGACAGAAAUCGCGGCUUAGAUAAAACGAUUGCGAAUUGUUCAGUUCAUUGCGACAAUUAGUUUGUAAGGUUUUCGCUUCUGGUUUCUGUAAUUAUAUUUUGAAAAAGCUUAGUAAUUAGACUGAUCCUGUGAGUGAGAUUAUAAUAAGUUUGUGCAUGAAGGGUGAAUUUUAAAUUCCUACAAAUAAUACACAGGUUCGAAACUGGUUUGAUUAAAAAAAUGUAUUAUUCUCAUUACUGAGAACUCGAUUUAUAGACACCACAAUGACAAUUCGCGUUUUAUGGCCUCUACGUGGAUUAACAAUGUAAAUGCUAUAGCUAUCACUUAUAUUAGUUAUAUUAUCUUUAUGUGUUUAUGUUUUUAUAUAAUAGGGUUUUAUUUUUGCAACUCAUUUGUGACUGCGCUCCAUUAUAUUAAUAAAUCAUAAAUGAAGGUUGAACCAGAAUAUCUUCGAAGAACUGAUCUGGUUCGAGAGAGUUUUCUCAAAGUGACAUUCACUUAUUUCGUUUCUGUAGACUUGCACUUGAGAAGAGUAGUUGACAGGGGUCAAAUUCAAAUGCA